CUGACUCACUCUCGAAUCUCCAGUGGCACCACUCCACUGGCCAUGCCUUCCUUUUGUGCACACCACUCAGUGCUUGUAAUUUCAUCAAAGAGUUAGAUGGCAGCCAUUCGCCCAGAAAAAGAACAGAAAAAAGAAAGCGCCAUGGCGCCAGACUUUGACCCGCAGUACCUCUCUCCCCUCGACCAGCUCAUGCCACGCGGCUACUUUGGUCAGAUUCUCUGCUUUCCCUCGACCGACCCACGCGCCUUUGAUGUGCUGCGCAAUGGCCUUCGUAGCACUGCAGUCAGCAUCCCCUACCUGACGUCGUUUGUCGUCGAGGACAAGUCGCCAGGCAGCGGCAGCGGGCGAAUACGCCUGUCUGAGAGCGGGCUCGACAGCAUCAACGACAUGCUGGUGUACCGCGACACCAUCGUCAAUGAAAACGAAAAUGACAACGGCAUGUCCGAUCCGGACGACGUCCACGACGAGAAGAACCCCUUGAGUUACGCGGGGCUGCGCGCCGCCUCCUUCCCCAUCGGUGUGCUCAACGGUAGCGUCUUCUACCCCCAGAUCCCGCCUCAUGGUAGCAUUCCCGCGCCCGUGCUGCGCGCCCAGGCUACACGCAUUGCCGGCGGCUUCACGCUGGCCGUCCUAGUGCAUCACAGCGUCUUUGACGGCGCCUCACUAGCCGAGCUGCUCGCGCUCUGGGCCGACUCGUGCCAUCUCGACCCCGAGAAGCACGAGCCUGUCGCCCUCAACCCCCUGCGCAUCGACCGCAAGGCCCUGGUCGAGGACUCUAUGAAGCCUCUCGCCGCGGGGAGUGAUAUCGUGACCAAGCCGUCGGACAUUUACAUCGAAACGCCAGCCGACGCGGCAGCAACCAGUACUGAAUCUUACCAUGCCAUGCGGAUAGUAAAAUACUUUAUCGCUCGCGUGGUCCGCCCCUGCCUGAGUCUUCCCACAGCACGGCGCCCGCCGCCUGUCACCAGUGCUGUGCCCUCGCCGCCCUUCACUCUCGCCACGACGCUGUACCGCGUAUCGGGCGCCAGUCUGGCCGGACUCAAAGCGCAGAUCGGCCGUCUUGCGCCGCGAUUGGGACUGGGCGUCGAUUUUGUGUCGACCCACGAUGUUCUCAGCGCGCUGAUCUGGAGCGCUGCCACACUGGCCAUGACUCCUCCCCCUGAUACUUUGUCUUCUCCCUCUCGCUGGUGGUGGCGGCGGGCUACUCGGGGAUCUGGGACAGAACAAGACGACAACCAGACUUGUACCACGGGCAUGGCCGUCGACGUGCGCACCAGGGUGAGCCCGCCCCUGCGCCGUGACUGGCUCGGCAACGCGUUUGGCGUGGCGUGGGUGGGCAUCCCGCGCGGCACACUCGUGGCGGCAGCGGGCGACGGCGGGUCGCUGGUGCCGCUUGCACGCGUGGCGGCCGCACUGCGCCGUGGCAUCGGCAGUGUCGACAAUGCCCGCGUCAAGCACACGGUGCGCUACCUCGCCGCACAGGACGACGUGGGCGCCCUGCGCUGGCCCGACGUGCGCAUGUUUGACUUUUAUGUGUCGAGCUGGGUGGGCCAGGGAAUCCUCUACGGCAAGGACUGGGGGGCGCGUAGUGGUGGUGUGGCUGUGGAAGGGAUGAAAUGCGAGGCCAUCAGAUGUCUGCAACUUGUCAUACCGUCGAUUGCUGUUAUCCUUCCGCCGAGGCCGAGAUAUCAGACGGAAGAGGGCGGCAACGGCGCUGAUCUGGAGUUUGCCAUUACGCUCGAGGCGGCGCAGAUGGAGCGCUUCAGGGCGUCGCUACUCGUUGCGGCCUUUGCUGAAGUCAUUGAUGCGUGUUGAUCAUCUCAAGGUAAAGGUGAUGAAGGAGGGAAUACUCCGGCCUUUGCGUAGUUGAUAGGCUACAAUCUGGCACUCCUGGGCCAACCCCAUCGGCAUUUCCGGUUCUUGGAUGGGUGGAAAUGAUCAGAUAAUGAUGAGGAAGAUGUUGUUGGGAAAUAUAGAGGGCAAUUUGAAGUGUGGGACCAUUCCUAGCCUCAGGUAAUUAUCACAUGAGAUGUCUCCUAUUUUGCCUUUGUGUGAAGGCUAUUUGAUAAGACUGUGCCUACACUUUUGGAAACAAACCAAACACAGCAAAGGCCUCGUCCGGCGUAUAACUAACUCUUGG